AUGGACCAGACAGCACCCAACAAGAUAGCUGAGCUACUCAGGCAUCAAGAUGACUUAGAGAAGAUUGCAGAAAUAAAACAGAAGCUUCUGCGAGAAAAAGCCGCUAUUGACGGUCAAUUGAAAGCAGGAGUUCAGUCUCAGAUACAAGUACUCUCUCAUGGUGUUCAAUCUCUGGCAGAUGCUAGACAACGCAUUUAUCAGGUACGAGAAGACAUGGAAAAGAUUCAAAGACUUAAAACUGAGAGUCAGGAGUCUGUAGAAGACUUUGAUCGAAUCAAUAACCUGUCGAGAGUAUUACAGAACUUUGAAGAUACACAGAAGUUUGUAAAUAAUUUCAAAACCAUGUCGAGUCAGCUGAACGAAAUCCAGGCAUUGAUUGAUGAGGAAAGCGAAUUUACGUUUGGUUCGGCGAUGCCGAACUUGUUAAGGAUACAUUAUUUAUUAAAUGGGCUACGGGAUGUCCGUGAUGAUGCGUGGUUUCAUGCUCAACACUCAACCGAAGAUGUGAGAAGAACCAUCAAAAAGCACUUUGCUCCUCUGGAUCGUACUAUCGAACAAUUUGAUAGAAUACUGAUUGAUAUCUCUGAGAAUGUGCUUGAGAUUCUGAAAGACGACGACCAUUCACUUGUUGUACGGGUAGCCAAAAUUAUCAACUUUGAAGAGCGACAGGAUCUGGUUUCAGAAAUAUCCAACCAGAUUCAAAGCGAUAAGUCCAGUUCAAAUUCGAAAACCGAUCCAACUCUUUUAUUCAAAAAUAAAAUUUCUAAUAGAGUGCCGCGAGGUUAUCCAGCAAGAUUCUUCAAAGCUAUCCAGAAUUCCAUCCGACAAACCUUUGAUAAUUGUAUGGAACAGUAUCCGCCCAAUGAAGACCCAGAUGCCCUUCUAGACAAUUUGAAUUGGGUCUUUAAAGAACUUGAGAUCACCAAAGAACAUCUUACCAAAUGCGUUCCUGAACGAUGGAAUAUCCUCGACAAAGUUGUCGGUUACUUCCAACAGGAGGUAUAUCGCGUGAUUUCGUUGAUCAUGCAAACGGAGCCCACAGCAGCAACUAUAUUGAACAUUUUGGAUUACGUUAAAGACUACUACGAUACUAUGAAUGAUCUUCUAGGAUAUAGCAGAGACCGUCUCAGUCCAUUGUUGCUUGAUGGUAAAGAAGACGAUCUGUACGAUGACUACCUCGCGCUCAUUGUUUCCAAAUUGCAUGAAUGGUAUAAUAAUUUUGCGAAAUCUGAAAAGGAACCGUUUGUUACAAGACAAACGUCGCCAGAGACGUCGAGCGAGAACACAUAUCAACUACAAGGUGAGCCAGUAAUGUUCAAACUGGUGAAGCAGCAAAUUCAAGUUGCUGCAGAUUCUGGCCAGGGUCGCAUUGUCGUUGGAGUUAUCGAGGAAUGUGCAAAUAUACUACGAGAUCGACAACGUGACUGGUUAAAGGUCAUGAAAUCAGAAGUGGAGAAAGAGGUGAAUGAUCAAGCGACAGAGAAUGAGAAAUCAGACGUAGCUCCUGGUCUGUUUGAGCACCUAAUUGCACUUUCAAACGAUCAAGUUCUUGCCUCUGACUAUACGGAAGGAAUAUCAAGUGAAUAUUCUGGCAAGCUUUCUCAAAAGUACAGCUCACAAAUCGGCGCUCAACUCGAUGAUGUUAUUGACGGAUUCCUUAACGUUGCAAAAUUAUGUACACAUGGUAUGAUUCGGCUAAUUUUCAAUGACCUGAAGCCAGCCUUCGACGCUCUGUUCGACGGAAAUGCAUGGUAUAAGGGGCAGCCGGUUGGCCUGAUCAAUUCAACUUUAGCUGAAUAUUUACGGGAUAGCAAGACUUAUUCUCGGGCAGCAUUAUUCGAAUAUCUAUGUGAGACCCUGGUUGUGGAGCUUGUUGUUCACUACGUUAACGCAAUGGGGAACCGACGCCAUGCUUUGAAAAUACCCAAGGGUACUAAUCGAAUAAAAGCGGAUUUUGAACAACUCUACAACUGUUUGGCAGACUUUAUACCCCAUGACACCAUCAGUGAGAGCUUUGACAUAAUGGAUCAUAUUAUAUACGCGUUAGAAUCGCCUAUAUCUGAGCUUCCAUCAAGUUUACAAGCAUUAAGGCAGAACUAUCCGGACACCCCAUUGGAUGUUUUUGAAAAAAUCGUUUAUAUUCGUAAGGAUAUCGACAGCAAAGAAGGUCGAGAAAUUAUGGCAAGGGUCCGCAACGAGUCUUUGAGUCAAGUUUUAAGCGAAGAUAGUCAACCUUCGGUUUUCACCAGAAGCGUCAUAAAGAGAUAG